AGAGAAGGGAAGAGGAGGGAGGCUAUGGUGGAGGCGGAGCUCCAACGAGCUCGAUUCUAGGGCAGAGACACUCGCCAGGUAAGGCGCGCGGCGGGCGCUGGUUGAUUCCGGGUCGCUGGGACGAGAGACGUGGGAAAAAGAAAGAUUGCGAAUUCCGGUCUUGAUCGAGAGAAGGGAGGAGAAUCACUCGCAGCGCGGUGGAUUCGCAUUGGAAUAGGAAUGCGAGCACAACACAGGGUUUAGGGUUUCUUUAGAGCGGCCGAGAGAAAGGAGAGAAGAAGGAGAAGAAGAACAAGGGAGGAGAUGACAACGGCAUGGGCGGAUUCCGUGGAGGCAGAGCGAGCGGCGGAUUCACAGCCGCCUCCACCGGCGAGAAGUACGUACGUUCCACCGCAUUUGAGGAACAGGCCGGCGAAUGCGCCAUCGCCAUCGCCAUCGCCAGCGCCAGUGCCGCAAGCUUCACAGCAGCAGCGCCCAGGCGCCGGCGCUUGGUCCAAGCCUCUCGCCUCCUCCAAUCCUCCUCCAAGAUUUGGAAGCGCGAGCUCGGGGAAUGGAUGGAGCAGUAGCAACGGGAGGAGCUCCCAGCCGUGGAGCGAUGGGCGGAGGGACAGCAGGGAGGCCGACCCUUUUGCGAGCAGCGAGGAGAAUUCGUCCGAGGCACUCUUCGAGCAAGAGAGCACUGCUAUCAACUUCGAUGCGUACGAGGACAUACCAGUGGAGGCGAGCGGCAGUGACAUCCCAGCUGCUGUCGGCACUUUCGCAGAGAUCGACUUUGGAACUGCGCUGGACGAGAACAUCAAGCGGUGUAAGUUCGUCAAGCCCACUCCGGUCCAGAGACACGCCAUCCCCAUCGCUCUUGCCGGGAGGGACUUGAUGGCUUGUGCUCAGACUGGCUCUGGGAAGACGCUGGCGUUUUGCUUCCCGAUCAUCGCCGGGAUUCUCAGGGAUCCGCCGAGACAACGUCCCAGGGGACGCUGGGCUUGUCCGCUGGCGCUCAUCUUGUCGCCCACUCGCGAGCUCUCAGCUCAGAUUCACGACGAAGCGAAGAAGUUUGCCUAUAGGACUGGUCUUAAAGUUGUGGUCGCGUAUGGUGGCGCACAGAUUUCUCUACAGAUGCGUGAGUUGGAACGAGGCGUGGAUAUUUUGGUGGCCACGCCUGGUCGCUUGCAUGAUCUCAUGGAAAGGGGAAGGGUGGCGUUGUCAAUGAUCAAGUAUCUGGCACUGGACGAAGCGGACCGCAUGCUGGACAUGGGUUUCGAGCCUCAAAUUCGCAAGAUUGUGGAGACCUCAGACAUGCCUCCGCCAGGACAAAGGCAGACGAUGCUCUUUAGUGCGACAUUUCCUCGCACGAUUCAGAGCCUUGCAGCGGACUUUCUACACAAUUAUAUCUUCCUAGCAGUCGGCAGAGUAGGCUCGAGCACGGAUCUUAUAGUACAACGCGUGGAGCGCGUUCAAGAGGCAGAGAAGCGUAGCUUGCUCAUGGACAUUAUCCAUGGUCAAAAGGCGAUUGGAGCGAACGGACAGCCACCACUGAUGCUAGUUUUCGUGGAGACGAAACGAGGAGCGGAUGCACUGGAGGACUGGCUGAUUAGAUCCGGGUUCCCUGCGACAACCAUUCACGGGGAUCGGACACAACCGGAGAGGGAGCAAGCUCUCAGAUGCUUUAGAACCGGUAUGACGCCGAUCCUCGUCGCCACCGACGUUGCCGCUCGCGGCCUCGACAUCCCCCACGUCGCUCACGUUAUCAACUACGAUCUCCCGAGCGAUAUCGACGACUACGUCCACAGGAUUGGCCGCACGGGGCGAGCAGGAAACUCCGGCCUCGCCACCGCCUUCUUCACGGACAAGGAUUCGGGCCUCGCAAAGCCACUGGCGGAGCUGAUGCAAGAAUCGAGCCAGGAAGUCCCGAGCUGGCUGGAAGGCAUUGCGAGGUCGGGAUUUGGAAGUAGAGGAGGCAGCCGAUCGGGGUCGAGGUUUGGAGGAAGAGACUACAGGAAAAGGGGGCCGAGAGGUGGUGGUGAUGGCUUUGGUGGCAGCGGCUAUGGUGGUGGCUACGGUGGCGGUGGCUAUGGUGGUGGUUCGAGCGCCUGGGAUUGAGAGAGGCUCCCUUUUGGCGUUCUCGUUUUAACACGAUGGUUGGAGAUGGCAAGCAUCUUCACGGCUCCACAGUUACGUUUUCUUUGUGUUUUUUCCGUCUCUCUCGUUCUCUCUAUGUUUCAAUUUACUAACUUUUGCUCGCUCAAUCCAUUCUUUUGCUGUUUUUUGGAUCAAUGGAGUGUAAGGUUCUCCAUGGCCAUUUUGUUUUUGUGGUCUCUUUUAAUCUUUUAAUAUUCCAAAAGCUGGAUGUUAAGCCCAGUUUACUAA